AUGGUCGGCUUUGGCACUUCGUCCAGUUUCCUAAUCGCGGCCGCGGCCGCGGCACUUUGCCUCACUGGCGUCGACGCACUUCCUCGGCCUGAGGACAGCACGGCUCGCGUUCCGGGCACCGACUUCAGCACUCGAUGCGCCAACAUGGCGAGUGUCAAGAUGCCCAAUAUGACCAUCUACGCGACCACGCACUACGACGCCGGCACCACCUUCAGCACCCCUGACGGUGAGUUGCCUCCUUUGCCGUCGACCGGUGGGCAGGGUUUUCGCCCCAGUUCAAGGCCCCACUGGCGUGCACUGCCUUUCCGCGACACCCGAGCUGACACUUCAGGCUUUUUGCGUCGAUCGUGUCUACAGCCUCCCCCGACUACCACGACCCCGUACCUGGACUCGCUGCCUUCUGCCGAUUCGGUGCUGAGAUCGAGACCUCGUCCCAGUCCAAGGUACGUCACGUAUACACAUGCUCACGAACCCUACCCUGCGGACGCUGGCUUACUUCCCCUGCACCCGUGAACUUCUUCAGGUCCGCUUCGAACUUUGGAUGCCCGAUGACUGGUCCGGGCGAUUCGCCAUGGUCGGAAAUGGUGGUGACGCCGGUGGCGUCAACUAUCCCGACAUGGGCGUCCCCUUGACCAAGUGUGAGUUUCUUUUCCUUCGACCGACCCCUAGCCUCCACACAGUCAGCACUGACAGCCCCUCUCUUCGGUGUUCUUCCGGGUCAUCAACUACAGACAAGUUCGCUGUCGCAUCCACCGAUACUGGUCACAACGGCUCUAGCUUGGAUGGUACCUUUGCCAUCUCGAACCCGCAGACCCAGAUCGACUUUGGCCACCGAGCCGUGCACCUGACGGCGACCUACUCCAAAAAGCUCAUCAGGUCCUACUACGGCGGUAACGGAGCCAAGUACAACUACUGGAUUGGUGAUUUGCUCUGAAUGGAACAUCUUGCAGACCCUGUUCCAGCUGCUGACGGCCCUUCGAAUUUGAUGAUCGCUCCGAACCGCCCAGGGUGCUCCUCCGGUGGCAAGCAAGGGCUCAAGGAGAUCCAGCUCAACGCCUACACCUUCGACGGUGUCCUUGCCGGUGCCGCGGCUCAAUGGUGGUCACGUGAGUCCGAAACCUCCGUGUCGCAGUCAAUUUGCAUGAGUACUGAUGAAGGCAACUCUCUUGACCUGUUCGUGUCUUUCAGAUCUCAAGUGAGUCUUUCUUUCCUGAGAUUACCUGGGAUGGAAACCGCCUUGAAAGGAGUCAUGAACCGGGGAACACCUCUGACCCAUCUGUCGUUUCUACAGCGGUCAAACGUACCGAAUCAACAGCUUUGUCAACAAGCUCAACUCGGAAGGCUACCUGACCCCGGCCAAUUACGCAACGAUAGGUACCGAAGUGCUCAAACAGUGUGACGUUCUGGGACAGGACAAACUCAAGGACGGCAUCAUCACGGACCCUGUAAGCUGUCCCACAUCUUGUUGUCUCCACAGGAACAAACCCGCUUAUUUCUUCCUUGUCUCUUUUGGUAUCAUGACAGACCAAGUGUUCGCCAAAGCUCGAGGGCUUGCUGUGCUCGGCCCAAGGCGCGGACAAUUCGACCUGCUUGUCCCAAGCCCAGAUCAAGACCAUGUACGCGAUCUGGGCCGACUGGAAAAGCUCAACCGUCCUUGCGACCGGACCGGGCGGAACAAAUUACUUCCCUGGUUUCGAACCCGGAGCCGAGGGCUACUCCGGCUUCUCCGUCAACGGCUGGCCUUUUAACCCUGCACCCGAUUACUUCAAGUGAGCUUGAUCUUACCCGUGUCCUUCUGUUCUUCUCCCUCGACACGAUCUGACAAAACUUUACGCCUUGCACCAUGGCCCAGCUACCAAGUUUUGAACAAGACAAGCCCGCAAGGCUUCAGUGUCGAGUCGGAAGCCGACUUUGAGAAGCUCCUCAAGAUCGCCGACGACACGGACCCCGGACAGACGAACGCUAUCAACCCCGACAUCCGCGGUUUCCUCAGUCGUGGCAAGCUCAUCACCUACGUCGGUCUCUCCGAUAAUCUCAUUCCCCCGGGCUCGACGCUCUUGUACCAUGACCGCGUCAAGGCCACGCUCGGCAACGUCGACAACUCGUUCCGUCUUUUCGCUAUCCCGGGCAUGUUGCACUGCGGGGGAGGCAACGGUGCGUACCACCUCGGUCAGAGCAGUCAGCGCGAUAUCUCCCUCGGGGGUUCCCUUCAGAGCGCCUCUUUCACCGCCAAGGACGAUAUGAUCCUCGCACUCAUCGCGUGGACCGAGAAGAACCAGGCGCCCGAUUCACUCGUCGGUGUCAACUACGUCGGGGGCGACAAGCGACAGGGCGUGGCCUUUGAACGCCUCAUGUGCCCCUGGCCUCAAAUGGGCUACUACAGGGAUGGUGACACUUCCAAGGCCAAGUCCUUCCGCUGCAAGUAG